ACAUGAUCGGGGCUGCUGGCUCAAGCAGAGCAUAGUACUCACUGCCACUCUACUAAUUUUCAUCCCCUUCUCCCUCUCUUGUUGCAGAGCAACAAUGGCGGAGCCAUGUUUGCUUAUUUUUCUCUUGGUCCUCCAUUUCUCCUUCCUCCUCCACGCCUCGCCAAACCCAGACGCUGAGCCACUAAUGGCGUUUAAAGCCGCGUCAGACGCAUCCAAUAAGCUCUACACAUGGAAUGCUUCCACUAAUCUUUGUACUUGGUAUGGCGUUUCCUGUCUCCAAAACCGAGUUUCAAGGCUCGUUCUCGAAGGCCUGGACCUUCACGGUACCUUCCAGCCGCUCACCUCUCUGACCCAGCUUCGCGUUCUCAGCCUCAAGCAAAACCAACUGUCCGGCCCCAUUCCCGAUCUCUCCAACUUCACCGCCCUGAAGCUCCUUUUUCUUUCUGAUAAUGAGUUUUCCGGUGGGUUUCCGGCGUCCGUGACGUCGCUAUUCCGGCUGUACCGUCUCGAUCUGUCUUACAACAACUUGUCCGCUCAGAUUCCGGCCGAAGUAAACCGUCUUACGCACCUUCUCACUCUCCGGCUUGAGGAGAACGGGUUCUCGGGCUCCAUUACGCAGCUGGAUCUCCCGAAUCUGCAGGACUUCAACGUCUCCGGCAACAGACUUGCCGGCGAAAUACCCAAGUCGCUUUCGAGUUUCCCUGCAUCAGCCUUCGCCCGUAACCCAGUCCUCUGUGGUUCGCCUCUCGCUGAAUGCAAGGCAUUCUCUAGUGACCCCACCCGACCCGGAUCAUCAGGAGCCACCGCCUCUCCGGUGGGCCCCGAUACCAACCACCCGGCGACGGUAGUUUCCUCGUCUCCAACCUCGAUUCCAGCCAACGGAGCCCCUGUCAAGUCCGGAAAAACCCGGCACGCCGGCAAGAUAAGCCUGGUGGCGAUCAUCGCCAUAAUACUUGGCGACGUCCUCGUCCUCGCGGUGGUUUCCCUUCUCCUGUACUGCUACUUCUGGCGAAACUACGCCGGUAAAGCGCGAGACGUAAAGUCAUCGCAGCUCCUGGAGGGCGAAAAAAUCGUCUACUCGUCGAGCCCGUACCCGGCGCAACCCGGGUUCGAGCGGGGCAGAAUGGUGUUCUUCGAGGGCGCCAAGAGGUUCGAGCUUGAAGACCUGCUCAGGGCCUCGGCGGAGAUGCUGGGAAAAGGCGGGUUCGGGACGGCCUACAAAGCGGUGCUGGACGACGGCAACAUCGUCGCCGUGAAGCGCCUCAAGGACGCCACCAUCGCCGGAAAACGCGAGUUUGAGCAGCAGAUGGAUAUUCUCGGGAAGCUGCGCCACCCGAACGUCGUCAGCCUGAAGGCCUAUUACUUCGCACGGGACGAGAAGCUUCUGGUCUACGAUUACAUGCCCAAUGGCAACUUGUUCUGGCUUCUUCACGGGAAUAGGGGGCCAGGCCGAACCCCACUGGAUUGGACAACAAGGCUCAAGAUCGCAGCCGGAGCAGCUCGAGGAGUGGCCUUCAUUCACAGCUUGUGCAGGUCUCUAAGGCUCACUCAUGGCAACAUAAAGUCCACAAAUAUCCUGCUCGACAAGGCCGGCGAUGCCCGGGUCUCCGACUUUGGCUUGUCUGCGUUUGCUCCUCCGGCAAGCAACCUCCAGAGGAUGAACGGCUACCGUGCCCCGGAAGCAUUGGACCCUCGAAAAAUCACCCAGAAAUCGGAUGUCUACUCGUUUGGGGUCCUGCUGCUGGAGCUGCUGACCGGGAAGUGCCCGUCUAUGGGCGAAAAUGUCGGGCCCGGGAUGGGCUACGGCGGGGUGGUGGACCUGCCGAGGUGGGUUCAAUCGGUGGUGAGGGAGGAGUGGACGGCGGAGGUGUUCGACUUGGAGCUGAUGAGGUACAAGGACAUCGAGGAGGAGAUGGUGGGGCUGCUUCAGGUGGCCAUGGCUUGCACUUCGGCGGCGCCCGAUCAGCGGCCGAAGAUGAGCCAGGUUGUGAAGCUGAUCGAGGAGCUAAGGGGAGUGGAAGUGUCCCCGUCGCACGAAGCACUGGAGUCGGUCUCGGACUCACCGUCGAUGUCGGAAGAUGCUGCAAGCGGCGUGAAUCAGUCUUGAUCUAUGACACUACUACUAGUGUUGGAAGGAGAGACGUCUGUGGUCGUCAUUUCGUCGAACAGUUGGAGUGCCCUGUAAAUUUCAUUCUCAUUGUAUGUCUGGGGGUAUUUUUUAUUUUUGUUUUCUACGGAAGUUGGUGAUUUCAUUGUCCCGAUUGAAGAACAGUCUUUACUUAAUUUUGAAGCCAAUUAAGUAUUAAUAAUU